CGCCCGCCGCGUCUCCCCAGGCCCCGCUCCUUGCGGCGCCCGGGCUCCCGCGUAGUCCGUCGGGCCGCCCCGGCCUCGCUCCUGCCCGCCUUCCCUCCUUCCUGCAGCGGCCAAGCGCGCAGAUGCCUGGUAGACACCUUAGGACUUUAAAAACGGACAAGACCUGCUUUUAGGGGAUAAUGCUGAGUGACACUAUGAAAUCUUGGAAUGAUAGCCAGUCAGAUCUCUGUAGCAGUGACCAAGAAGAGGAAGAAGAGAUGGUUUUUGGUGAAAAUGAAGAUGAUUUGGAAGAGAUGAUGGAUUUCAGUGAUCUGCCUACCUCACUUUUUGCUUGCAGUGUCCACGAAGCCGUGUUUGAGGUGCAAGAGCAGAAGGAGAGAUUUGAAGCACUUUUCACUGUCUAUGAUGACCAAGUGACGUUUCAGUUGCUUAAAAGCUUUAGAAGAGUCAGAAUAAAUUUCAGCAAACCCGAAGCAGCAGCAAGAGCACGAAUAGAGCUCAACGACACGGACUUCAACGGGAAAAAGCUGAAGCUGUAUUUUGCACAGGUACAGAUGUCUGGUGAAACACGGGACAAGUCGUAUUUACUGCCGCCCCAGCCGGUCAAGCAGUUCCUCAUUUCCCCUCCCGCAUCGCCGCCAGUGGGGUGGAAGCAGGGGGAAGACGCGAUGCCCGUUAUAAACUAUGACUUACUCUGUGCGGUUUCCAAACUGGGACCAGGAGAGAAAUACGAGCUCCAUGCAGGAACUGAGUCGACGCCAAGCGUGGUGGUUCAUGUCUGCGAAAGCGAAACCGAAGAGGAAGAAGAAACAAAAAACCCCAAACAGAAAAUUACCCAGACGAGGCGCCCCGAACCUCCAGCCGCAGCCCUGAGUGAGCCCCAGACCUUCGAUGGGGCGCUGUGAGGCCUCUGGGUGCGGUGCGAGGCAGCUGCCCCCGGGGCUCCGCACGGGAGGUCCGCGCCCUUUCCGGGGCGCUCCUGCUCGCCGUGCGUGGAGGUGAGGCUGGGUGCUGCCACGCACACCCACGCUGCGGACCUGGCGGUGGAGAGUAGCCGGUCAUUUGACCUGUUCAGAAUUUUAACAGAUAGUCUGAAUAGGAUCAGCCCCCAACAUGUUGCAACUCUUGACUGUUUUUAAGCAGUAGCAGAUUAGGAAAUUUGUCGGAUUCCUGGCUCCCUCCAGCAGUGUUCAUUUCCCGGAUUCCCUAUAGCACGGGGUCCCCCCAAAACUAAAGCUGUAGUCCCCAAGUGCAGUACCAUUUUUAUGAACUCACAAAUAGUCUCACGAUUGUAAUAAUCUAACGUGGGUAUUCGGUUCUGGCAUAAUGGCUUCCAGCUAAUCGAUCUGUCGAUCAAAGGUGGUUCUUCAACAUACAUGAAAUUUUUUGCACAAGAAGAGAUCUGAAAUCUAGAAUAAUUCAUCGAGGGUCAUUUUUCUCGAGUUGUUUUUUUCUUCAGCUUUGGGGAGGAAAUGCCAAAUUCACUUUGGCUGUUGGACUCCGGUGGCACAGAUCUGUGUGCGUGUUACUCUCUUCCCUGUUACUCUUGCUUAAGAGAGGAAAGUGCCGCACGGACCACUGUCCCUGAUGCGUCGUCCCUCCCAGAGAACUGCUACUUUGGAAGCGGGGCCUGCCGCCCGUAAGUCUGACUGAUGAUGACCUAGGGGGCCGCUGUGGUCUGGUCUGUGACCGCGUGCGAGCCCACCCGUAGCAUCCCCAACUGUUCUCAGCCCCCGGUUGAGUUUUUUAACGUUGUACCUGUUGCGUGUGUCAUUCAGAGACUGUCAGUUAGAAAAGGUAAUAAGAUUUUCUGAAGACCAUUUUUUUAAUUGUCUAUUUAAACAUCUUCCAGUUUGCUCUGAAAGAAAAGGCACACAUAUUGUUUUUCUAUGAAUCAGGGAAAGAUGGGGGAAAUCGAGAUCAUUCCGUCUGUCAGACUUUGGUUUUGGUGCAGUAUUUUACCCUGGCCGACAGCUGGCGUUUCCCCCUAAAACAGGACUGGGCAGUGGAAGCUCCUAAAGCAGAAAUAAGCAUCUUUUUUCCUUUCUGUGGUCUGUUCAGACUUGGCGGUCCCUUUAUAGAAAAGGCUCGUAACGAAGAAAACUUGGCUUUGCUCAAGUUUGCUUGGUUCUGCUGCCGUCUGUUCACGGUGCCGUGUUCUGUGUGUCACGUGUCUGGAGCUCCCUGGUGCGGGUGCGAAGGGGCUGCACAUCGGAGUUUGGACUGAUAAACCAAUGCGGCCGCCACCACCCAGAAAGAAGAAUGCAGAAAUUCAUAGUGUCUGUACACGUUUGGUAACAUGUUUCGUGGUUUAGAGGUUCUUACUAUGAUAGAAUUUAUUUCUGAGGACUUAAACUCUAUUGCCAAAAAAAAAAAGUUUUCUGUUUUUCCUUGCACUCAAAAAUUCUGGGAUGAUAAGCUCUGCUCUUUAUGUACGUCCACCCCUGCUCAGCCUCAGUAUAAAUUCGGUUAAAAUUCGUGAUUCCCUAAGCAGUUUGUUACAUUCAGAUCGGCAUUUGGCAAUUUAACAGCCUCUUCGUAAAUUUGCUUUGCACUCUCAGUUCACCGUUUUGCCAGUGUUUGAUCUGAUCUGGUUGCAGUAACUUGUCAUUUGCAGAAUGGACCCUGUAAAUCAGGAAAUGUGUGUAUUUUCAACAGUUGCGAAUUUUUAAAUUUCCUUUUAGGUAAUAUUUAUUCACCAUAAUUUUCUAAGUGAUCAGAAUCCAUGAUGUUUUAUUGUUUGGGUUGGCUUUCCUGGUCUUCCUUCCAGUUAAAGAAUAGUCUAUCCCUAACUUACAUAACCUGUUUUUAAAGUCAAGCAAUGCAAAUUACCUGCAUAUUUCUUUUUCUCUGUAUUUAUUUUUUUGAGAGUAUUGAAUAAAUUGGAGAAAAACUUAAACCAAAAUAAAUACAUAUUAAAUAAUUACAUAUUAAAUACAAAAUACAUAUUAUUUAAUAUAUAUGUAUAUUAAACUUUUCUGAAUGGAGAACAUUAAUAUUUUCAUUCUUUCUAGUAUAAUAUUUACAUAAGUUGAACUCUUAAGAGAAAAAGUACUAAAAACCCAAUAACUUUUAAAUAUGGUGAAAUCAACCAGGAUCUCAACAAGUAUUAUGGUCUGUGCCCUUUCUUGGCUAUUUCAUAUCCAGCUCAUAUAACCAUCUUGUAAGAGAUGAGUCUCGUGUACUUUUUUAAAGUUCCUUUUACUAAGGUUAGCUACAUUUUUCUUUUUGGAAAUUGAGUUAUUACUUAGACUUAACUCAUACUGUAGUAGCCAUGCUCUCUUUAGAAAUCAUAACUUCAUCUUGGGAAUCAAAUUCUUUAGAGCAUUGUGAGGAAAGAAGAUGAUAGUGUGUGUUAGGAAAAAAGCAUUCGUGAAGGAUAGGAAAAUCCUAACACUUAAUAAGGAUAAUCAACAGAACCCGCAGUGCAGUGGUGCAUUGGCUCCUGUGUUCUAGGUUCUUUCGACAUACCCACCUGAUGAAACUGGAAAUAAACCCAUUUAAAAAGUACGCUCAUGUGAGCAUCAACUAGUUGAAGGUGCUAAGAGACAGAAUCAGUAAAAACAGUUCCCUUGCCUUGGGAGCUGAACGUCAGGAGGAGAGCAAAUGUAUCUUCUUACGUUUUGCUUCUUCACACUUUCUCACUAAACCAAGCCACAGAAUCGAGAGCCCAGGAAGUUUUACGUUCAACAUAAAGGCUUACAUAGAACAUGGUGUGUUCGAAUCAGCUGCCGGGAGACAGGGCAGGAACAGCAGCAUCCUUCUAGAAUACGGUCCUUUUGUUUCCCACUCAUAGUAACUCCAUGUCUUCAAAAUGUUGUAAUAGAAAGUAAACAGAUUAGAAUUCCUCGGAAUCUCAGUUAUGUGCCAAAGGCGACUUUGGAAAUGAUGUAAUCUACUCGUGUGACACAGAUGAGAAAAGAGAGAUGACGCAUCUUAUUUCGAAGGCUACGGAGACUAGAUUGGCAUUCCCAACUCCCACGCUAGGCUUUUUCUCCUUUCUUCUUUCAUCGGCCUCUCAGAAGCUGUGAAUCACUGUCAUAAGAAAAUAGACAAAAAAGGGGAAAAGAAUUCUAUCUCCCCUGAAGGGAUACAGUGAAUAAGAGACAUCUGAUGAAGGCAGUGACUUAGUAAUGUCAUGAAUGCAACUGAUGUUCCAUGUUUUGUGUUUUUGUCAUCAUUGUACUGUUGGGUUGGAAUCGACUUAAAUAACGUUAUUUUGGUAGCCAGAAAAAGUGCUGACAUUUUAUGUGGGCUUUCCUAGAUUUUAGUAGUAAUGAGAUUAAAUUAUAAAGUCAUACUUGAGAUGUGAGUCUAACAAAGCAGCAUGAGAUCUAGGAUUUGGAAAUAGUUUGCAGUGGAAUGACACUCACCCAGUGAUCGUAAAAUGGAGCGCUGGUAAAGACUGAAGAGUGACCCGGGCUUCAUGUUUUUAUAUAGACUCUUUUACAGACCAUAGCUUUAUUCUUGAAAGGGAAGAUCUCAAACAUAAUGAAGCGGGGGAAAAUGUAUGAAAUUCUCUGGUGCGUCCAAGUUCCCUGACCACUGGUAUCUCUCUUUUCUUUGGAGUCAUAGACUUUCCUACCUAUCAUGCAGGUGAACUUGGUCAGCCUUCCUUUGCCCACUCACUGUGCUCCUUUUCUCCACACUUGCUUUUAUAUCCUCCUGUACAAGAGAAAACAAAUAUAAAUGUAACAAUAUAGAGGAACAAAAGAUGAGGGAAUUUGUUGCCUCCUAGCUGGGGAGGGAAGUCCAUUGUUAUAGAAGCUCACUUUUUAAAAAGUUCAAUUAACUUAAAGAAUAAGGUUUAUGAACCUUGUUCAACAAUUUAGUAAAUACUCAUUUGUUUUAUAGCCUCCCGUAAGGUAUGGGCCCGCCAGAUUCGCUUCAUUGGAAUGCCAUUGUUGUCUCUGCCCAGGAAUCAGGGGAAAAUGUUAUUAAUUUGAAGAGUGUUGUUAUUAAUAGCAAAUACACAAGCCACAAAGCAACAGAAAAUUGUAACAACUGCUAGGUUUUACUGACCAAAAAAAGAGUAUAAAAAUGGUCAUGUUCAAAAUAGAAGUUUCCAGCCAAGGUUAAGAAGAACCAAUAUUGGGCUGGGUUAAAGUGUCUCCGUCUAUUGAAACAGAGGUGUAAGGACCUUUUACUAAAUUAGGCAUGUGUGGUCUGUCUUGUGAACUGUGUUUCCUUCUGAAGCACAACCAUGUCCUGCAGACUCCAGAGUUCCUGCGUAGCUUUGACUGAACGUCCCUCCUUGUCAUAUGGAAGAUCUCUAUCUAUGCAGAGAAUACGUGUUUUUCCGUAUGGUUUUCUAUGUAGUCCGCAGUCUUCCUGACCCACACUAGGGACUGAGGAGAGCUCCAGGUGGCUAGGCUGUUCUCUUCCCGCUGCUUCUCCCCCAGGGUGGGGGCCCCAGAGGGGAGCCGUCUACGUUCUGCUGUAUCGUGCGUGUCCUCCAACGUGAAGAGAAGUUUUUCACUCAUUUCACUUCUGGCUUCAUUGGAACCAGGAGGUAAAUUUAUAAUUUUAUCUGCACAUGUUUGUGAUCUCGUGUUAUAUUCUGGGGAACAUUACUUUUCUGGUACUAUAAAUUGUAGUGAAUAUUCAUUGUACUUCGGAAACCUGGUCAGUAAUUUGUAUAUGUGUGUCCGUAUUUUAGUGUGCCUGAUGUGACAACUGCAGUUUGUAUAGCUCGUUACUUGUCAACUUUGGCUCUCCUGUAUUUUUAGGACAUUUAAAUGCUCCUUGUCCUCUCAAAGUGACAAAAGCAGAAUGUAAUUUUUUUGGAAUCCUUGUGAUUACUUGUAACAAGUUUUGUUUUUAAAGCUAAUAAAAAUAAAAUUAGGGGUUUUUUAAAAAAUCAGUCCG